AUGGGUAAAGAUAUUAAAAAAGGUGGUAAACCAAGACACGACCCAUUAGGCAAACAAAUUAGAGAUUCAGAAACAGCACAUUUAAAACCAAAAAAUAGAGUAGGCAGAUUAAAAGGUAAAAAGGGAUUAGAAGAUACAGAUACAGGUUUUGAUGAAACUGAAAAAGUAAUUCCACAAGCUCUUUCAAGUAAAAUUCUUUCAGCUAUUAAAGAACAAGCAACAGAAGUUGAAGCAGAAGAAAGAGAAAAACAAAAAGGUGAUCAACUUUUAACCUUUGAACAAGAAAGAAUCCAAAAUAAAUUAUUUAAUUUCAAUGACUUUGUAGAUGAUGAAGAAGAAGAAGCCCUUGAUGGUAAAAAAAAAUUCAAUGAUAAUCAAGAAUUUGACGAAGAAGAUGGUUUCGAACAAUUAUCUGAUACUGAAAGUCAAUUUGGUAUGGGUGGUGAAGUAGAAAUCGAUGAAGAAGAUGAAAGAGUACUCCAAAUGUUUAUGGGUGGUGAACAACAACAAUUCCAAACUCGUUUCACUUUAGGUGAUAUUAUUGAGCAAAAACUUAGAGAACAAGAAACUAGAGAAACUACUGAUCAAAAUAAAUUAAAUCCAAAAGCUAUUGACGUUUAUACAAAGGUUGGUAAAUAUUUAGAAACAUAUACAUCAGGUAAAGUUCCAAGAGCUUUUAGAAUUUUACCAAAUUUUAUAAAUUGGGAAGAUUUAUUAUAUUUAACUCGUCCAGAUAAAUGGACACCACAUGCAAUUAGAGUUGCAACUAAAUUAUUUUGUAUGGGUACCAACACUAAAAUUACACAAAGAUUUUUAUCAAUUGUAGUUUUACCAAGAGUCAGAGACAAUAUUGCAGAAUAUAAAAAAUUAAAUGUUCAUCUUUACAUGGCAUUAAAGAAAUCAUUAUACAGACCAGCAGCAUUUUAUAAAGCAAUCCUUUUACCAUUAGCAGAAAGUGGUGAUUGCACCCUUUUAGAAGCCAAAAUUAUUGGUAGUAUUAUUUGUAAAGUCUCAAUUCCAGUUCUUCACUCAAGUGUAGCUCUUAUGAAGUUAUCUCAAUUGGUAGAUUAUAAUGGUGCAACCUCAAUGUUUAUUAGAAUUUUAUGUGAUAAAAAAUAUGCUCUUCCAUACCGUGUUGUAGAUUCCCUUAUUGAACAUUUUGUUGGUUUUGAAGAAGAGACCCGUGAACUCCCAGUCCUUUGGCAUCGUGCUCUUCUCAGUUUAGUUCAACGUUAUAAAACUGAUAUUACCAGAGAUCAAAAAGAACAAUUAAAAAUCCUUUUACGUAAACAUACUCAUCAUAUCAUCACACACGAAAUUCGUCGUGAACUUUUUUCAUCAAAUUCAAGAGGUGGUGUUUUACCUUCAUUUGACGAUACAUCAUCAAUGAUGGAAUAA